AUGCAAGUGGGGACUCUCACCGUGCUCAGGUUGUUAGAACCAAGGAAGAAAAUCCUGCAGCAGCACGUUGAAAAACAAACCUUUCUCCAAAGUAUUCAGCAUUUAAUAAUUCCAAGCUGUGAACUCUGAAUCACAACAUUUGUGUCUUAUAUGGGGUUCAAAACCUGCUUUUACAGCUUCAUUUGGAUAUCUGUUCACAGUUUUAUAAAAGUAAGAUUGAGGGCAGUCAUUUGGUACCUUAUCUCUGGCUCAGCUCAAAAGUAAAUAUUGAAUCAAGUGUAAAGAUUAACACUUUCACUUAUGUAACUGGAGAUCAGUGUAGAAUAACGAUAAAAUGUAUGUUCUGCAGGUUCAAGAGAAUUCCCCAGCCCAACAAGGAGGACUGGAACCUUUCUUUGAUUUCAUCAUUGCCAUAGGACACACGAGGCUUAACAAGGAAAACAAUAUGCUGAAAGACCUGCUGAAGGCAAAUGCUGAGAAAGCAGUGAAGCUGGAGGUGUAUAACAUCAAAACAAUGAAAAUCCGAGAGGUGGAGGUGAUCCCCAGUAACAUGUGGGGAGGACAAGGCCUCCUUGGAGCCAGCGUGAGGUUCUGCAGCUUCCAGGGAGCCAAUGAACACGUGUGGCACGUUCUGGUGAGGAAGAAUCCUUGGCUGGCUCAUUAUUGGUUGU